AUGAAAUUCUUAGUGUUGGAAAUGGUGACAAGUAUGGCCACAGUGCCUGAUGCUACUUCUAUUGAACAACAGCCAUUAAGACAGGAUAUGAAUAUCAUAAAAAUAUUUUGGAAACUGGUUGACCCAUUAUUACUCCCCGUAAACACUUCAUCAAUUCCAUAUAAUAGAAUAGAAAUAAACGAUCACAUUUCAUUACAACAAGCCAUCACAAACUUACAUAACGCUUUAACAUUAGAAAAGAAUAAUGUAAGCGGCAAUUUAACCAGUACAUCUGUCCAAGACAUAGAAAAAAACAAUGUCAAUGAUAACGAUGUACUCAUAGUUUCGUUGCAUAGUACUUGGGAUAUUCGUGUUUUAUUACCCUAUAAGUCAAGACAUUUGAAUAUUCAAUUACCUAGAUGGUUACAAUUCCCCAUUAUUUUUGAUUUGUGUAAAGAGUAUGAAAGAUGGUGUAUCACGGAUCCAACACGUUAUAAUAUUUUCAACGCUGCUGCAAUGAAUAUUACUAAACGUAGAAAAUUGCACAGCAAUAAAACUUAUUUAUAUGCAAUGCUCCAACUACUAGGGUUACGAAUGGAUCUUUAUGAAAUGGACGAAUUUGGAUGUAUUGUUAGAAUUUUUCUUUCAUUGUAUGAAAAAAGCAUUUUAGAUGGUUUUACUAAACCUUAUAAUACGUUUAUUGAUUAUAAUCAAUUUAUGAAAGAAUCUUCUAAAGUAUUAUAUAUGAACAACUUACCUUCUAUUGUUACUCAAAGUGAAUUAGAAAAGUGGUUUGUUUCUCAUGGCUGUCAUCCAAUUGGGUUUUGGACGGUUAAACCUGCCAUUAAUGCACCACUAAACUAUUCUACUGAUAAAAUUAGCUCUACAUAUGUUCCUGAUAGUGAUACCAUUUCUGGGUUUGCCAUAUUUCAAUCACACGAAGAAGCAUCUUUAGGUUUACAUUUAAAUGGUUAUUCAAUUAUAUUACGACUAGGAAAUAAUAAUAAUAAUAAUAAUAAUAAUAAUAAUAACAGUAACAGUAACAACAACAAUAAUAAUAGUAACAAUAAUGCAGGUGCUACCAACAACAAUAAUAAUUCGGUUAGAUCUCGCUACAAAUAUAUUGAUAGAGUAGUGGAAAUUCAACCUAGUAGUAAUAUAGUGUUAACUCAAGUUAAAGAUUUAUUGGUACCAUUCCCACAAACAAGAAAUAAACCCAGACCAGGAGAUUGGAACUGUCCAUCUUGUGGUUUUUCUAAUUUCCAAAAAAGGACAAAUUGUUUUAGAUGUUCAUUUAGUGUUAAUACACCUUCUCCUCCCCCACCACUUACAACAAAUAAUGUCAUGGGUACCAAUAGCUCCAAUAAUUGUAGUAAUGAAAAUAUUGAUAACACUACUAGCAAUGGUACAAAGAACAACAUGAAUAUUCAGCAAUUAACAUUUAAUAAUAAUAAUAAUAAUAAUAAUAAUAAUAGUAAUUCCGCCAAUAACCUGAACAAUAUUACCAAUAAUAAUACGACCAAUAGUGGUACGCUUUUCCAACACAGGUUAUCUUCUAUAAACAACAACAGUAAUAUUCCCGGAACUUCAACUAACACAAUAAACAAUGAAGUAGUCAGUGGGGGUGGCACUAGAAUGUCUUCACCCUUAGAUCCGAAUACUUUGUUUUCCACUAAUUCUAAUGAAAGCAUUCAUUUAAAUCAGGCAAUUCAUAAUAAUAAUACAGGUAAAUCUAAUACUAGCAAUAACAACAGUGUUUUAAAUUUUACUGACCUGAAUAUACAUAAUACCGGUGGCAGCAAUAUUAGCACCACCACUACUUAUAAUGCUCAUAUAAGAAACAAUUCUCAGCAACAACUACACCAACCAUUAUUAAAGCUACAGCAUCAAUUAAACAAUAGUAACAAUGGUUCUUCAUCCUCUGUUAACCAGUUACCAGCUCAACACUUACAACAAUCACAGCAACAGAAUAUUCCAUUUAGACCUGGCGAUUGGAAAUGUUCUAUUUGUACGUACCAUAAUUUCGCAAAAAAUAUGAAUUGCUUAAAAUGUGGUGAAACAAAAAUAAUAUUUUAA